AAAAGAAAACUUUUUAGCAUUACAACUGUUUGGUUGUGUCAUCUUCCUCAUUUUUUAAGGGUGUUUUUGGAACAAAACCCACCAUGAAUGCCCUCAAACUUAGUAAAACUGCAUGUUUUCAUUCAUCUUUAUUCUCUCGUGACUUGACAAAUACUUAUAUCAAGAAUCUAAAUACCAGUAUUCACCCUCGUAAAAGAACAAGAUUGACAUUGAGAGCUAGUGUUGAUGAACAAGAAGAGAAAAAGAGUUCAAAGAAACGAAGCUUUCUCACCCUAGAAGAAGCUGGUCUUGUUGAAAUGUCGGGUUUAAGCAGUCAUGAAGGGUUUUUAUGUCGAUUGACGAUAUCGUCCCUAAAUCUUUUGAGGGUGAUAGGAGAGCAAGAAGGGUGUAGUAUUGAGGAACUGAACGCAGGGAAAUUGAGACUUGAGAGUAAGCAGUCAUGCAAAGUUAAGACGAAGAACCUCACCUUCAUCUCUGAAAAUGUCAACUUCCAAGCUGGUGACAAAGCGAGAAGGAAGAAAGUAGUAACAUGUGGUUGUGGCGAUGUGUGUAGUAUAGGUGUUGCUGUUGCACGCAAAGAAAACCAGAACAAGGGAAAAAAAAGUGCCCUAAUUACAAGGUGGGAGGGAACUGUGGUUUUUUUAAAUGGUAUGAUGAAGAAUAUGAAGCAUGACAUCUCACUCAAACCUGCCAUAUGGAGUAGAAGAAGAAGAUGA